AUGUGUGGUCGGGAUUAUGGUGUUGUCGUUGGAUUCCAUCUGUUUCUGUUCCUGCUGCAGCGACGUCAGAGCCAAGAACCUUCAUCCUUCUGUCCUGAUGUCAUAGUGGGACCAUUCAGCCCUACACCCAGAGCCUACUGCGUCCUACACCCAGAGCCUACUGCGUCCUACACCCAGAGCCUACUGCGUCCUACACCCACAGCCUACUGCGUCCUACACCCACAGCCUACUGCGUCCUACACCCAGAGCCGACUGCGUCCUACACCCACAGCCUACUGCGUCCUACACCCAGAGCCUACUGCGUCCUACACCCAGAGCCGACUGCGUCCUACACCCACAGCCUACUGCGUCCUACACCCAGAGCCUACUGCGUCCUACACCCAGAGCCUACUGCGUCCUACACCCAGAGCCUACUGCGUCCUACACCCACAGCCUACUGCGUCCUACACCCAGAGCCUACUGCGUCCUACACCCAGAGCCUACUGCGUCCUACACCCACAGCCUACUGCGUCCUACACCCAGAGCCUACUGCGUCCUACACCCAGAGCCUACUGCGUCCUACACCCAGAGCCUACUGCGUCCUACACCCACAGCCUACUGCGUCCUACACCCAGAGCCUACUGCGUCCUACACCCAGAGCCUACUGUGUCCUACACCCACAGCCUACUGCGUCCUACACCCAGAGCCUACUGCGUCCUACACCCAGAGCCUACUGCGUCCUACACCCAGAACCACCAGCGUCUUGUGGUGGGCUCACACUGA